CCUCAACUCGUGAACAUACAUCGUCACCUGCGCCUCCUUAGCUGUUGUCGUGGCCAUGCCUUAGACGAGAAAAAUGGGAUCCUGCCUUUGCAACUCAACCAACACGUCUUUUCUUUAAGCCUCAUACAUUCCACGGGUGAUCCAACGUCCAUUAUCGCAUCGCCGGAAACGUUUCCUCAAAACAUCUAUAUCGACUCGACGAUCAGCAGUUCUUCAAGAUGGAACGGAUACGCAAGAUCUUCGAGAGGAGGAUCUCUUAUGAGCCCUUAGAGGGUGGAUCCGAAGGUCCGAAUGGAGAACAAAUCGAGCACCCCAAGCAGCAUGCUGGCGCUUUCUCAUGGAUAGAUUACUCAGUCUUCCUGUUGCUUGGGGUUGCUAUGCUGUGGGCAUGGAAUAUGUUCCUUGCCGCUGCUCCCUACUUCCAAAAACGAUUCGAAGCCGACGAUCGACUUCUUCGCAACUUCCAGUCCGCAGAACUAUCAGUAUCGACCGUUGGCAAUCUGGGGUCCAUGAUCGUGUUGACCAAGCUUCAAGCUAGAGCUUCAUAUCCAAAGCGCAUUGUAGCCUCUCUCGUCCUGAACAUCGUUGUUUUCACCUUGCUGGCAAUAUCCACCCGAAUCUUCCUAGGAGUGUCACCUGGAGUCUACUUUGGGUUUCUUAUGGUUGUAGUCUUCGUCGCAAGUCUGGCCACUGGAUUGUGUCAGAAUGGUGUCUUUGCUUUCGUGUCUGGAUUCGGCCAUGAGGAGUAUACACAGGGUAUCAUGGCGGGCCAAGGUAUCGCCGGUGUGCUCCCUUGCAUCGCUCAGAUUAUAUCUGUUCUCUCCGUAUCGGGUAACCAAUCAUCAGAGAAUGGUGCACAGGGGUCAAGCACGUCAGCGUUUGCAUACUUUUUGACAGCUUCUGCGGUUUCUGCGAUAACCUUGGUCGCAUUCGUCUAUCUGCUUUCAAGAAACAGUGCAAAGGACCGGCUCAAGGAUAGCUUGGCUCCCGACGAAGACGAGGCUGGUCUACCACUAAGUGGUGGCAAGAAGUCAAUUCCCCUGACUGUUCUUUUCAGGAAGCUAUUCUGGUUGGCUGCCGCGGUCUUCCUGACCUUCGCUCUCACCAUGCUUUACCCAGUCUAUACGUCGCAAAUUCAGAGUGUCCGCGAUCCUGCCACUUCUUCGCGCAUCUACCAGCCAGCUACCUUCAUUCCUAUCGCUUUCCUCUUCUGGAAUCUUGGAGAUUUGACCGGGCGUAUGCUUCCUGCUAUUCCCAAACUAAGUCUGACCGCAUAUCCUCGUACCCUGUUCAUCCUUUCCGCCUCUAGGAUCGCCUUCAUCCCCCUUUAUCUACUUUGCAACCUCCAAGGAAAGGGGGCGAAAGUCAACUCCGAUUUCUUCUACCUUUUCAUCGUUCAAGCAUUGUUCGGAGUCACAAAUGGAUAUAUCGGAAGCAAUUGUAUGAUGGGCUUUGUAGAAUGGGUUGAUCCAGAAGAGCGGGAAGCUGCUGGUGGCUUCAUGUCACUAUGUCUCGUUGCAGGAUUGACUGUUGGCAGCUUUAUGAGUUUCUUCGCUGCCGGAUAAGACCGUUAAGUUGACAUCGAGAUGAAUACACAUAUGUAUCAUUAGGACGGCGUUUUCGGAAUUUUUUAUCAUUGUCAUGUAACCAUUUAUAUACAGAUAUGCGACUCAAAUCUACUUGAAGCAUUGGUGCUAUAGCAUUCUCAUUUUUUUUUUCAUCUCUCAGAU